CUCUCUCUCUGAAGGAGUCGUGUCUCUCCGGGUUUUUCUGCAUUUCCAGCUCCUGCUGUUGUUUUUCCGCGCCGGGCGGCGGGCGGGCAGAGAGAAUGAGGCUGACCGCUGCCUCCCACCGCCUGCAGGAUGUUAGCGGCUAACUAGCUGGGAUAAAUCGGAUUACCUGCUAACGGCAGCUUCCUCCAGGUAUCCCAGCUGCCGCUGACAGCAGCCUGAAUGGACCGUGACUGUUUUCGCUGCCGCUUUUAGCUAAUUUCCUCCCAGAACCGCUACUUUGGUUUAUUUAGGUCUGUUUAUUAAUUUUUAACCGGGCUGGCAGGAACCCAGCCGGAGCUGAGACCGAUGCGCUAACUCCACCCCGGCCAGCCGGAGCCACAAACCCUGAUCUCCCCCCUGAAGGCAGGAGCAGCCGGAGCAGAGAUGUCCGGGAAGGAGAAGCAGUCCACCACUGAGCGGCUGGUUAAAGCUGUGCCGUACCCCCCGCAGCACAAGCUAACGAUGAAAGAGCUAUUUGAAGACGGGAAGCCCAACGCUGAGCUGCUCCGCACCCACCUGGUCAAAGAGGGCAGGGUGGAGGAGGACGCCGCUCUGAAGAUCAUCAACGACGGGGCCAACAUCCUCCGCCAGGAGAAGUGCAUGCUGGAGGUGGAGGCGCCCAUCACAGUAUGCGGUGACGUUCACGGACAGUUUUUCGACCUCAUGAAGCUGUUUGAAGUGGGCGGAUCACCCAGUAACACGCGGUACCUCUUCCUCGGUGACUACGUGGAUCGAGGCUACUUCAGCAUCGAGUGCGUUCUCUUCCUCUGGUCGCUUAAGAUCAACCACCCCUCCACACUCUUCCUCCUGCGUGGGAACCACGAGUGCCGGCACCUCACGGAGUACUUCACCUUCAAACAGGAAUGUAAAAUCAAAUACUCUGAGCGGGUUUACGACGCCUGUAUGGAAGCCUUUGACUGCCUGCCGCUCGCUGCCCUGCUAAACCAACAGUUCCUGUGCGUUCAUGGGGGGCUCUCCCCAGAAAUCAACUGCUUAGACGACAUAAGAAAGUUAGACAGGUUUAAAGAGCCGCCUGCAUUUGGGCCAAUGUGUGACCUGAUCUGGGCCGACCCUGGCGAGGACUACGGCAGCGAAAAGACGUCUGAGCACUUCAACCACAACUCUGUCCGAGGAUGCUCGUAUUUUUUCAGUUAUGCAGCAGUCUGUGACUUUUUAGUAAAUAAUAACUUGCUGUCAGUAAUAAGAGCCCAUGAAGCACAGGAUGCAGGGUACCGGAUGUACAGAAAAAGCCAAACCACCGGCUUCCCAUCGUUAAUCACCAUCUUUUCAGCUCCAAAUUAUUUGGAUGUCUACAACAACAAAGCUGCCGUAUUAAAGUACGAGAACAAUGUGAUGAACAUCCGACAGUUCAACUGCUCCCCCCACCCCUACUGGUUGCCCAACUUCAUGGACGUCUUCACGUGGAGUUUGCCUUUUGUUGGAGAAAAAGUGACUGAGAUGCUGGUGAAUGUGUUAAAUAUUUGCUCCGAUGAUGAGCUCAUGUCAGAAGGAGACGACAUGUAUGAAG